AUGGCAAGUCAUGGGAUCUCGCGUGGCUCGGGCUCUGUUGUCCGCUCAGAAGAGGCGCGACAGAAAGAGCAGCAGCAGAUUGAAGCUUACAAGGACUUGUCUGAUCUGGUCAAUACCAAGAUAGCAGAGAAGCAAUACACAGUCGAAGUCCUCGGUCUGGUUACGAAACUCUUGCAUGAGAACCCUGAGUACUACACAAUCUGGAACCACAGGAGACGGGUGUUAGUGGCACUGGUCACCGAAGAAACACAAUCACCAGACGAAUUAUUGCAGGGCGAUUUGCAACUGACGUUCGUGCUGCUACGCAAGUUUCCCAAAUGCUAUUGGAUUUGGAAUCAGAGGGACUGGCUGUUGCAAAAAGCAGAAUCAUUGCUGGGGGCAGAUGCAGCACAAGAGCUCUGGGCGGGGGAGUUGCAAUUGGUGAACAAGAUGCUACAUGCUGAUAGCCGCAACUUCCAUGCCUGGGGCUAUCGACGUAUCGUAGUCUCGAAGAUUGAGCGGCUGGGCUCAUCCACAACUGAUUCUGCAGACACAAGCUCAAGCCUUGCGCAGUCUGAGUUCGACUACACGACCAAGAUGAUCAAGACCAACCUCUCCAACUUCUCUGCCUGGCACAACCGCAGCCAGCUGAUUCCUCGGAUCCUCCGCGAGCGCAAUGCAGACGCAGAGGCACGCCGUGCAUUCCUAGCAUCAGAGCUGGGACUCAUCUGCGAAGCCAUUAACACCGAUCCGUUCGAUCAGUCCAUUUGGUUCUACCAUCAAUAUCUGAUGUCGACCAUCUCGCCAUCGUGUCCUCCAAACGGUUUUGUUGUCGAGGACCUGACCAACGGCGAGCGGCAGAAGUACUACGAGAACGAGAUGGAGUACAUCAAAGAAAUCUUGGAGGACGAGAGGGACUGCAAAUGGAUCUACGAGGGUCUGCUCGGCCUUGCAGAAGCGUAUCUGGAGGUCGAUGCGGGGACUGGCGCGGUCACAACGAAGGACAUGAGGGCGUGGCUGGCGGAGUUGAAGCGUCUCGAUGCGUUGCGGCGAGGUCGGUGGGAAGACCUGGAGAAGAGGCUGCAGCUGUGA